CUCCUCCUCCUCUCCUCCAGGCUGGAGAACUUCUCCCCAGCCCUCCACUUGUGUUCAGUUUGUGUUGGACUGGAUAACAGCAAAGACAUGGCUUUUCUCCUCCUGCGAAGAGCGCUGCUUCUGUUUCUGCAUCUCUGCCUCCUGACCUGGAGCGCGUGGGGCAAAGUGGAGCUGACUGUGAAUGAGAAUCUGGAGGUGUACCUGGGUGACUCAGCWGAGAUCCCCUGCCAUUACAGAUUCACCGAUGCAAAGAAUGAAGCCCGCUUCGUCAUGAUCCAGUGGUUUGUGAGAUCUGCAGGAAACCGCGCACGGAUGCGUAUCUUCUACAGCGACGGCACUCAGCAGAUWAUUGAUCGCAACACAGACUACAGCGGCCGCAUUAAUGUGACCUCAGACCAGAAAGAAACCAGGCUCCUGAUUCAGAACGUUCAGCUCUCUGAUGAGAGGGAAUUCUUCUGCCAAAUUAAUGGGCUGGCAGCUGGGAACGCCGAGGGGAAGACCCACCUCAGAGUGUUCGCUCGUCCCGAGGCUCCAGUCAUUGAAGGCAUUUUAACUGGAAUAUCUGUGACCAACACAGCGCCAUCUAAGGUGGCGUCAUGUGAGGUUCGAAACGGCUUCCCUAAACCCAACAUCACCUGGUACAGGAAYAAAACACCACUGAUGCCCAAACCUGGAUAUGUAAACAUGCUGACUCUGGUCACCCGGGAGUCCAGCGGGUUCUACUCAGUCCAGAGUACGCUGGAGUACAAGGUGGUCAAGGAGGACCAGGACUCUUUUUUCUUCUGUGAGGUCAGCUUCUCUGUCCCAGGAGCCGUCAGGACGAUGGAUUCCCACAGAGUCAACGUGACGGUUCACUACCCCACCACCACGGUGGAGCUGCGGAAGGACUCGCCCCAGGGCUUGGUCCAAGAGGGGGAUACCGUGGAGCUGCGUUGCCAGGGCGAUGGCAACCCCCCGCCGCCCUUCGUUUUCAGCAGAGAACAAGAGCCGGAUGCGGACUUGGAGAGCAGUGGGGACGUGUUGGUUCUGCCUUCUGUGUCACGAAAAGACAGCGGCGUCUACCAGUGUCGACCUCUGGGCGCCGUCGGUCACGCCGAGGUCAAAGGAGAAAUGCAGCUCAAUGUGCACUAUUUGGACCCAGCUGUUGUCGUGCCCAAAGACUCCGAGGUUAUGUUUAAAGGGGAAGAUCUGGUUGCAACCUGUAAUGCUCUGUCCUCCCUCGCAACAACAAUCGUCUGGUACAAGGACACGGAGCAGGUGGGUCAGGGGAACACGCUCCACCUGCAGGAUGCCACCUAUGAAACGAGUGGGGUGUACACCUGUAAGGUGACCGUCCCCAGUCUGCCCAGCCUGCACACCAGUGGCUCCGUUCACAUCAUCGUCCAGGGUGGUCCCCAGCUGGUGGGUGUGGAAGAGGAGGUGCAGCUGGAGGAGGUGGCUGGCAGGAUGGUGAACCUGAGCUGCGAGGCUAAAGGACAUCCAACACCCAGCAUCUCCUGGAGCAUCGUGGGCAGUCAGAACUGGCAGGAAGUGUUGAGCAAAGAGAACGAUGACAUGACUCACAGCAUGGUGUCAGUCAGAGUCACGUCGGACGUCAGCGCUCUGUGCAACGCUUCCAACGACAUGGGCGCCGAAGUCAAGGCCUUCAGGAUCAAAGCCAUUCCCAGGGUCACAACAACGUCUCCCUUCUCUCCUGUUGAAGGCAGUGGUGUGAUCAUAGUGGUGAUCAUCCUGUGUCUGCUGCUGCUCGCCGUCCUCGGCAGCGUUUUCUACUUCCUGCACAAGAAGGGAAAGCUCCCCUGUGGACGCUCAGGCAAACAGGAAAUCAGCAAAGAGAAGACCACCAAAGAUGACAUUGUUGUGGAGAUGAAGACCAACACAAAGAACGAGGACGCCGUCCUCCUGAAGGCCGUCAACGGAGAAAAGAAAGGUCCUAAUGACCAGGUAACUGUUGUGUAAAUCCAGCCGGCUCGGCAGCGCCGCCCGCGCAGCAGACGGCAGGUCGCCUGGAGCAGCGGUCAGAGGAGGCCGAGGACGCUCACACUGACCACGAGACCUGCAGACCACCACGUCCUCACAGUCUGGACAUUCCUCCCACAUCACGCUUUCUUCUUAGCAGUAUUCAGCAGUUUGAUCCCAGUAACACACACACACACACACACACACACACACACACAUUCACAGGUAUGUCUGUACAGAUGUGUAUUUUCUCAUUUAGUUUCCAGCUGUGUUCAGCUCCUGGCUGUUGUUUAGUGUUUGUAUGAUGAUGUUUCAUCAGCAUCAUCUUUCCUUUUUUAAUGAAAGUGUAYAUAUUAUAAAUAUUUUGUUAUUUAAGACGUUUUUUGGCACCGAUUUUCAUUUCGCGGCAGCGUAGACAUCCAGGUGAGAGCUGAGAGGAUGUGACGGCUUGUUCUGAGAAAUUCAGCAGUGUGUAUGUUUYGUUUUUGUUUGCCAAUACUCGUAGAAACUGGUCCAGUUGAACCAAAACAAGAAGAUUUUUUUGCUCCAGAGACAAAUGCCAYGUUUGAGUGUUGAAGCAUCAGGAGACAUUAAAGUGAACCUGCAGGAUAAUCAGUUCUACGAAGAGAKAGAGAAAAAAAAGACACACUGGCGGCCUUCUUUUCCAAACUGCUGUCAGGUUCUUGUAGUGUUUGUAAAUACAUGUAGUUCAGUGACCUGCAGGACCAAACUGAAGACUGUCGCUGAGGCUGAAAGGGUUAAAGAUGUGCCAUGCCUGGUUUUUGGACAUCAUACACUGAAUUUGUUUGUCUUGAAUCUGUUUUCUUUGUGUUGCCACUGAGAGGUUCCUGCCUGAAGAGGCCCUGCAGGGUUUUUGCACGUUUGACAGUUCAGGAAUAAAACGGACAGAAUGAUCACUGUGAAGCUGGAUCCCUUUAGUCAGGUUUAAGGUUUAGUUCACGUCAAAUAAAACAAGAUUUUAACAUCUGUGCACUGUCCUCUCCAGUUUGUCAGUUUAUCAUUACGUUUGAGUCACAGACUUGUGUUCCUCUGUUUCAACACUGGAGUCAAACAAAAAAAGAAAAGAAAAAUAUAAACCCCAAAGAUAUUUGUUCUGAGGUUUAUGAUUGUACUUUUACUAGGUUGACUAUAAAAUAACAUGUCAGAUUUAAUCUGAACCAGUCCAGGUGCAGUUUAUUACUCCCGCUGCAGCAGAACUAAUAGAAAUAGUUUUAAUCCUUCACAAUAAAAGUCUCAAAGAUGUGCUGAGUGUUUUAAGCUUCUAAAAACAGCUUCUGUUCUUGUUCCUCAGUAAAACACACACUGCAGCCCAGGCCRGCAGGAGUUUUUAGAGUAUUUAUCAGUGUAUGUGUGAGACUUUUAUUGUGAAAGAGUGAAUCAAGUUCUACCAGUUCUGCUGCAGCGGGACCAACAGACUGAUGUAACUAAAUGAUUACAUAUUAUUUUGUAGGUAAACAAUUUGAAGUGCAGGUAAACAGAACAAAGUUAGGACUAAAUGAGGCCAGAAUUGUUGGACAAAAUGAAACAUAAACCAGUUGAUUUGAUCUUAUUCUCAUCUCACACGGCUGUUUGUUAAAACCAGACCGUUCAACAAGCAUGAAGUUCACUGAGUGACCUUCUGGGUUUUCCAGAGACGGUCGGAGCCUCAUGUUUCAGUAAAGUGAUUGUUCAGCUCUGUGAGUCAAAUGUAAUUAUAGUGGAUGAACCACAAACUGGGCCUAAUUUGAAACAUGCAAAAACACUGCUGGGCUCCUUUUAAAGGCUACAGUUGUGAAAAGUUCUCACUGUGUAUUUUAUGUGUAUUUUUUGAAGUUUCUGAGAAUGCUAGAAUUCUGCCCUGAUGACUUGCAACAUUAACAAAUGUUUUCAGUUUUUAUUUUUUAUUUUUUGGGUUCAUGUUUUUGAUAUUUCCCCCCGCUGGUCAUCCUCGUGCAGACAGGAAGUGCCAUCGUGCUCGGAGCGAUGCGGUUGGUAUGGCUCAGAUUUCUGAUUGGAUCCAUGAGUUUUCACCUCGUCUUUAAGUCUGACAUCAUUAGUUGGUUUUAUAGGUUUUUUAUUUAUGAGCGAGGAGAGUUUGAAACGGAUCUUUACUAUUUUGUUUUUUUAAAUGUUUGUAAAAUAGAUACUGUACAUGUGGUUCUUUGAUGCUUAUGUUUUUUUUUCUGUUGGGGAUUUGCAAAAAAAGUAAUGCCAAAUAAAAGUUUUGUUUAAAGAAAA